AUGAUCUCCAAGGCACCAACCAAUCCUUGGAGAACGUUGUAUAGCAAGUUUUCGUUCUCGUUGAGGUCUCCGAGCAAACAGCUCAAUUUGAUUUCUGACGGAUCUUCUGGCGAAGAAGAUGAUGACGAAUUGAUCGACUACCCUUAUGAGCGGUCGAAGCAAUAUCGAUCUAACGCCUACGAUUCAAAGUACUUCACUGACGAAGAAAGCAGUACCGGAUUGUCGCCAAAUAAACGGCUGCCGUCAACCAGUUCCAAAUCGCCAAUUUUAAACUCGCCGCUAAGUGAGAAAACAACACAACCGUUCAGUGCAUUCAAAACUCCAUACAUAAACACAAGCAGAUGGAACAACAUCGACAGGCUGGGUGACGUGUUCGGUGUCAAGAGCUUUGCCGAAGCUGAGAACCCUGGCGAAACUUUGGCAGAAAGAGGUGUCACAGACUUGUACGAUACCUACUACGACCCGUAUCCAGCAUGGACGCCAGAUAAUGAAGUUCCAAUCUCCAAACAGCGUAUCGAGUCCAUAUUCAUCCAUCUCUCCAGAAUCUUUGGCUUCCAGUACGACAAUACAAAAAACAUGUAUGACUACCUGAUGAGAAUGCUGGAUUCAAGAGCUUCCAGAAUGGGCCCAACCACCGCGCUUCGAACUUUGCACGCAGAUUACAUCGGUGGAGUCAACUCAAACUAUAGAAAGUGGUACUUUGGGUCUCAGAUGGACGUUGAUGAUACAAUUGGUUUCACAAACCAAAAAGCGAAAAACAUCAACUAUUCAUUGGAAGAGUCUCAGCUCAGGUGGUCCCAGACUAUGAACUCGUUUCUUCCUGAAGAUUGCGUCAUUCAAUUGGCAAUCUACUUGCUCUGUUGGGGAGAGGCAAACAAUAUAAGAUUCAUGCCUGAAUGUCUUUGCUUCAUCUUCAAAUGUUGCGCUGAUAUUUUCUACUCGUUGGAGUUCACAAAAGAGAUUCAGCCCAUCACCACUAAUUUCCUCGACCAUGCAAUCACACCGUUAUAUGAGUACUACAGAAAUCAGCUUUAUGAGAAAAUUGGUGACAAAUGGGUUCUCCGUGACAAAGACCAUGCUAAAAUCAUUGGAUAUGACGACAUUAAUCAACUUUUCUGGUAUCGCAAAGGUCUAGAGAAGAUACAGCUUGAUACCAAGGAACAUCUUAUGGAUUAUCUCCCGUGUGAAAGAUACCUGUAUCUGAACAGAAUUGUUUGGAAGAAAGCUUUCCAAAAAACAUAUCAAGAACAUAGAACCUGGGUCCAUAUCUUGGUCAAUUUCAACAGAAUCUGGAACAUUCACAUCGGGGUCUUCUGGUAUUACACUUGCUUCAACUCUUACACUUUCUACACAGAAGAUUAUUCGAUCGCAAAAGACAACCAGCCAAGUAUUUCAGCAACCUUGUCUGCUUUAUCUCUCGCUGGUUCAAUUGUUUCAUUGAUCAACCUGAUCUCCUUGAUUGGAGAAGCCAUCUUUGUUCCUCGUAACUGGGUUGGAGCUCAGUCUGUUUUCUGGAGAAUUGUGCUAACUUUGACCUUCAUCACGGUGUGCUUCUGUCCCUCCUUAUACAUUUUCUUGAUUUCGGGGCUUUCAGUUGAUGAUCCAAUAAGUCUUGCUAUCUCAAUUUGUCAGUUCUUGUUUUCCAUUUUUGUCGUGAUAUUCCAGUCUGUUGUUCCUCUUUCUUCUUUGGCAGGAAACGUUAGAUCAGAGAAGAAACGAAGAUAUUUACCUGCAAAAUUCUUUACAGACUCCUUCCACGAACUGAAAGGUAAGAAUCUGCUGGCAUCCUAUGGACUAUGGGCUGGUGUCUUUAUUUCGAAGUUCAUUGAAUCUUAUUUCUUCUUGACAUUGAGUUUGAGAGAUCCGGUUCGUGAACUGAGCAUCAUGAAGCUUAACAGAUGUGUUGGAGAAUACUACCUUGGUUCGUUUUUGUGUGAAAAGCAGCCGUCCAUUAUUUUGGCAUUGAUGCUGAUCACCGACUUGCUGUUGUUCUUCCUAGACACUUAUCUCUGGUACAUUGUGUGGAAUGUGGCCUUCUCCGUUUGUCGCUCGUUUUAUUGUGGUGUUUCUAUAUGGACACCAUGGAGAAAUAUGUUCAUUCGACUGCCGAAACGUAUUGCUUCCAAAAUUCUGUCCCAGCAGAGCAUCUCUGCUAGCAGUGCUGCAAAGAGAAAAGCCAUGGUUUGUCAAGUUUGGAACUCUAUUGUGGUGUCAAUGUACAGAGAUCAUCUUCUCUCGAUCGAUCAUCUUCAAAACUUGAUUUACCAACAGGCUUGUACCGCAGACGGAACCGUUUUGCUCACUGAACCACGGUUCUUUAUGGAACAAGAAGAUGGAGAAAGUCCUCACAAAAAUGGGGAAGUGCUGGAUCCAAACUCUGAAGCAAGCAGAAGAUUGACGUUCUUUGCCCAUUCUCUGUCGACUCCUAUUCCUAAACCGCUACCAAUUGAGCAGAUGCCAACAUUCUCUGUUUUGAUUCCUCAUCACUCCGAGAAAAUCACGUUGUCUCUUCAAGAAAUCAUCAAGAAGGAAGACGAGUACUCUAAUGUGACUCUUUUGGAAUAUCUGAAACAGCUUUAUCCUUUGGAAUGGAAUAACUUUGUGAGAGACACAAAGUUGUUGGCAAAAGAGUCGGAAGCCAACGCAGGCAAUGCUUCGGCUGAUGCUAUUAAUGACUUGGCUUUCUACUCCGUUGGGUUUAAAGCCGCAACUCCUGAGUACAUCUUGAGAACCAGAGUUUGGGCUUCUUUGAGAUCGCAAACUCUUUAUCGUACCAUCUCUGGAUUCAUGAACUAUUCUCGUGCUUUGAAACUGCUUUACUCGGCUGAAAACAUCAACGAUUCGACAGACGAGCAGAAAAUGGAAGAAGCCAGUGUCGUUGAACAGCGUAAGUUCAGAAUUGUGGUUUCCCUUCAGAAAUUAAAAGAUUUCAACGCAGAGCAAGACGAGUGCAAGGAAUUCCUGUUGAGAACUUAUCCGGAACUGCAAAUUGCAUACAUUGACUAUGACAUUGACCCGGAGACCAAUGAAAUGAACUACUACUCGACUUUGAUCGAUGGUAGCUGCGACAUUAUGGAGAACGGAUCCAGAAAACCAAAGUACAGAAUCAAGCUUUCAGGAAACCCAAUCUUGGGAGACGGAAAAUCCGAUAAUCAAAACCACUGUUUGAUCUUCUGCAGAGGAGAGUACAUCCAAUUGAUUGAUGCUAAUCAAGACAAUUAUCUGGAAGAAUGUAUCAAGAUCAGAAGUAUCCUGGCAGAAUUCGAAGAGCUGGCCCCACCAGCGGACCCAUAUCUCGAGCCAGUUGAAGACGUUAACGAUCUGCUACCAUCACCCAAAAACCCUGUUGCAAUCAUUGGAACAAGAGAGUAUAUCUUCUCGGAAAAUAUUGGUGUUCUUGGAGAUGUGGCAGCAGGAAAGGAGCAAACUUUCGGGACUCUGUUUGCGCGUACCUUGGCAUAUGUUGGAGGAAAGUUGCAUUACGGGCAUCCUGAUUUUUUGAACUCGAUCUUCAUGACCACAAGAGGAGGUGUCUCUAAAUCUCAAAAAGGAUUGCAUUUGAACGAGGAUAUCUAUGCUGGUAUGAAUGCUUUGUUGCGUGGAGGAAGAAUCAAGCAUUGUGAAUACUUCCAAUGCGGAAAAGGUAGAGACCUUGGAUUUGGUUCUAUCUUGAACUUCACAACCAAGAUUGGAGCAGGAAUGGGAGAGCAAAUGCUUUCUCGUGAGUACUUCUAUCUUGGAACGCAACUUCCUUUGGACAGAUUCUUGUCUUUCUACUAUGCGCAUCCUGGUUUCCACUUGAAUAACGUCUUCAUUCUGCUUUCUUUGAAAAUGUUCAUGUUAUUCUGCAUCAACCUUGCGGCAUUGACAAACGAUUCCAUCAUUUGCGAAUAUGACAAAGAUCGGCCGAUUACCGAUGUGAGACAGCCAGCAGGCUGUUUCAGUUUAAUUCCAGUUAUUUCAUGGGUCCAAAGAUGUAUCAUGUCGAUUUUCAUCGUGUUCUCCAUUUCGUUCAUUCCAUUGUGUGUCCAGGAACUGACAGAAAGAGGUGUCUGGAAAUGUUUCACAAGACUCUCCCGUCACUUUGCCUCGAUGUCUCCACUGUUUGAAGUUUUCGUUUGCAGAAUCUACGCUCAAUCUUUGGUCAACGAUCUUGCAAUUGGAGGUGCAAAGUAUAUUGCAACCGGAAGAGGAUUCUCCACAACCAGAGUGUCUUUCUCUGUUCUAUACAGCAGGUUCUGUUUCGAGAGUCUUUAUUUUGCUUCCACCAUGUUCCUUAUGCUUCUCUACUGUUCCUUGGUUAUGUGGAACGUCGCCUUCCUGUACUUCUGGUGUACUGUGAUUGCAUUGUUCUUGUCGCCAUUCCUUUUCAAUCCAAACCAGUUCCAAUUCACCGAAUUCUUUGUUGAUUACCGCAACUUCUUGAGCUGGCUGACUGGCGGAAACUCUUCAUACAGAAAGGAUUCCUGGGUGACACACGUGAGAAUUUCCAGAAUGCAAUUGACUGGAGCCAAACGGAAGAAGCUUGGUAACAAGGGUGACAAUCUCGAGUCUGAUUACAAACGUCCAUCGUUCUUGACAGCCCUGGUGGCACAAGUUGGGUCCAGAUUAGUUGUUGCUCUUGUUGUUGUUAUUGCCUAUCUUUUUGCCAAUGCACAAAAUGAGUACAGAGCUGGCGAGCCAUCGAACUCGCUCUUACGUCUUGCCUUUAUCACACUUGGUCCGAUUGUGGUGAAUGCUGCUAUUCUUCUUGCGCUGUUCCCGGUUUCUUUGAUUCCAGGGCCACUUCUUUCGCACAUCUUCAAGGGCUUCCCCGACUUCAUUGCCAACAUUGCGCACAUCUUGGGUUGCAUCAACCAUUUCUUAUUCUUUGAGUUCAUGCUUCUUUGUCAGAACUGGGACGUUUCGAAGUCGAUCUUGGGGAUCUGUGCAUCUUUCCUGCUGCAGAGCGUUAUAUACAAGCUUUUGACCAUCGUUUUCUUGAGCAGAGAGUUCAAGCACGACAAGUCGAACAGAUCGUGGUGGUCUGGAAAAUGGCUGACUUCUGGACUCGGAUGCCAUACUUUGACACAGCCAGGACGCGAGUUCAUUUGCAAGAUCAUCGAGAUGAGUGUGUUUGCGUGCGAUCUUGUCACGUCCCAUUUCAUCCUGGUGUGUUUGUUCCCAUUUCUGUUUGUUCCAUACAUUGACAGCUGUCACUCUUACUUGCUUUUGUGGCUCAAGCCACGGAACCAGAUACGGAGACCUGUGUUUUCUCCUGGAAAGCGGCGAGCACGGACGCGGAUCACUGUUGCGUACUUCCUUUUGCUGGUGCUAAUUUUGCUUGUGUUUGUUGUGCUUUUUGCCAGUCCCGUGAUACUGGCCAAGGUGUACAAGCUGGACUUUGACGAGUAUCUGCCUGAGAUUUUCUCUAUUCUUUUGCAACCGGAGGAGGUGGUCAACAGAAGAAAAGGUCUGAAGAACUACACUGCACCAAAGAAGCACGGUUGA